AAUAGUUUCGUUGAUCAACUGAUAAUUUUUUGGCGCGAAGAGGCCUCUGUUAUCAAUCAUUCGAGUUGAAUUUGACCAUCAAUGCACGUGUUACUUAUUUUAAUAAAAAACGCAAAUGGUGGGGAGACUCGAAAACAAGUUUGACUUCAAUAAUACGAUACGAUUAGAUCAACAGCCGGUUUAAUAUAUUUAUCACUCAAACAAUUAUAAUGCUGAAGUUUGAGUUUUUACCUACAUAGUUUGUAAAACAGUAAAGCAGAAAGCAAUUGCGUUAAAUUUUUAACAUUUUUAUAAAAGAUAUUGAUUUUAACAUUUAUCAUCAGACAUGGAUUUAUUUAAAAAAGGUUGGUUCACGGAGCAUCAUGAUCUCUGGCCAGGAAUUGCAGUUUCUUUGGAAGUAAAGCAAGUUUUAUAUGAAGAAAAAUCUCAGUAUCAAGACAUUUUGAUACUUGAUACGAAAUCACAUGGAAGAGUUCUAGUUCUUGACGGAAUUAUUCAAUGCACAGAAGAUGAUGAAUUUUCAUAUCAAGAAAUGAUUUCUUUCUUGCCUCUUUGUAGCCAUCCCAACCCAAAAAAUGUCUUAAUUGUUGGUGGAGGUGAUGGAGGAGUUGCCAGAGAAGUAGUAAAACAUCCUAAAGUUGAGAGAAUUACACAAGUUGAAAUUGAUGCUUCUGUUCUUGCUGCUUCUAAACGCUUCUUACCCUUUAUGGCCUCUGGAUUAGACCAUCCUAAAGUUAAUGUUCAUGUUGGAGAUGGCUUCGAAUUUUUGAAACAACAUAGAGAGGAAUUUGAUGUUAUUAUCACUGAUAGCAGUGACCCAGUUGGUCCAGCUACGUGCCUUUUCCAGAAAUCAUAUUUCGCUUUGAUGAAAUCAUCUUUGAAGCCUGGAGGAAUAGUUUGCAGCCAAGCUGGAACAAUUUGGAGUAAAGAUAAACAAGUAGCGAGGACUUUGUCACACUCUCAAACUGUCUUUCCUGUUACUGCUUAUGGAGUUGCAUCUGUUCCUACUUAUCCUACAGGACAAAUAGGAUUCAUUCUAGGAAGUCUUAACUCUGAAACCAACUUUGAAAAUCCAAUUAAAGUGUUCAGUGAAGAAGAACUAGAUCAAAUGGGAUUACGAUACUACAGUGAUAAAAUGCAUAAAGCAGCAUUCGUUCUUCCACGAUUCAUUCAGAAGGAAUUAAAUAAAUCGAUUAACUAGUACUAAAGUUGACUCGUUCACAAUUAAAGGAAAAUACUAAACUAAUUUGGUUAAGAUAUGGUGGUUUCCAUAUGACAUUCAAUUAAUUCAAGUUGAUACUUUCCAUUUUAUGUACAAAUCGUACUUAAUAUUAGAGGAGAAAGUAGGAUAUGGGUCACUUUUUGUCUUUACUCAAUCACAUUGUACUGUGUUAAAUUAUCACCUAUCUGUUAAAUCUAUGACUUGAUAUAAUAUAUCGUUAGGAAAAUAUAUAUUAAAUUAUAUAAUAUA